CAGUAUAUCUAAAGGAUUUAAAUCUUGUCAAUUCUCAACGGGGCUACAAUUCACUAUCGCAUUUCCACUUCGCCAGAGCUACCCUUUUUGUUGUUCGAGAGCUCGAUAAGAGGCGGAUCCUGUAAAAAAAAAAACUGGACCUUUGACUCCCUUGCGUUGCCGAUACCUCUGACCUAGGUAUGCCGGUCCUCCAUUUAAUCUCGGUUUUGCUGUGCGUCUGGUGACAAGACCUUGAUCAGGCUUCAGUUCUGUCAAUCCUUGACAAUGUUAUUACUUCCACGGCCUCACAACUGCAGUCAACUAUGCUAAAUAACAAUUUGUAAAGGGACGGGACAAAUAGUCCAACUAUUUUGUCCAGGUAUAAAUCCCAAUUUUUUUUUCAUUCGAUUGACAAACUGAGAGCAUAAAAAUUAGAAAGCGAAGGAAAUUAAGUGAUAGUGUGUGUGUCACAGAAGAAAAGAGAGGAGUUGGAGGAACGCAAGACUGCCAUCCUAAUUGUAGGUUGGCAGUGGCCAGAGCCAUUCAGGCCCUGAGGAUGACCAGCCUGUUCAGGCGCAAUAAUAGCAAUGGAGGCUCCAGAAGUGGAGGGGGUGGUGGAGAUAGUGGGGACAGCUUGACUUCAGAGCAACUUAACAAUAGUAGGCCCAACCGGCAGGUCCGACGCCUUGAGUUUAACCAGGCUAUGGAGGACUUUAAAACCAUGUUCCCCACUAUGGACUAUGAAGUCAUUGAGUGUGUGCUGCGCUCCAACAACGGUGCCGUGGAUGCUACCAUUGACCAGUUACUUCAGAUGAGCAUUGAUGGACAACUCUCAGACGAUAGCUCUGACUCAGAUGACAGCAUCCCACAAGAGAUUUUGGAGCGAACACUGGAACCAGACAGUUCUGAUGAGGAACCACCUCCUGUCUACUCUCCACCUAUGUAUGACAUGCAUAUCUAUGACAAAAAAUCCCCAGAUGCCCUGUCCACAACACCACCAAGAUUGGAAGCACUGCAGUGUUCAGGGCACAGACAGAGUGGGAGCUACAGGAACUGGAACCCUCCAAUGCUUGGCAAUCUCCCAUAUGAUUUUCUGAGGAUUUUACCCCAACAGUUGGAGACUAUGAAGGUCCCUCUGAAGAGUUCUGAGAGAAGUCUGUCCCAGCCCUCAUUCUCCGUCACAACUACGAGCCAGCAGACAGCUCAGACUAGUUGUAGGUCAGUGACUGAGGGAGCCGGUAGAGUGCAAGGUGCAGUGGCAGGAGCUGUGGAGCGAGAGAGUAAACUGAAGCAAUACCUGGAAGAUGAACGUAUUGCCUUGUUCCUGCAGAACGAGGAGUUUAUGAGGGAGCUGCAGCGCAACCGAGAAUUUCUCAUUGCCUUAGAAAAAGACCGCCUGAAGUAUGAAUCAAAAAAGUCCAAGUCCUGCCAUUCAUCCAGCGUGGAGAACUCUGCAGGGGAACAUCAUGCUUCAGGCUCAGGGGAGCCCGUGUCAGAUGACGCCAUGUUCCGAGAUAAACUCAAACACAUGGGCAAAUCAACAAGAAAGAAGCUGUUUGAAAUUGCCAGAACGUUUUCAGAGAAGACAAAGAGGAAAAAGUCGAAAAGGAGGACGCUCCUGAAGCAUCAUCUACUGGGCACAGCUCAUUCCACAGCCAACCUCCUCGAUGAUGUGGAGGGCAACCCCUGUGAGGAAGAGGGUCAGUCUAGAAGAGCAACCACUCAAAAAGAGGAUGAACCACACCCGGGGCCAGUAUCAUAAUCCUACCAAGGUUCAACCACAUCAGGGUCACCAUCAGGUUGAACCAUUGGCUGUUGGCCUUGCAGCUCUUUUGGCUCCUCCCCCUAAAACACCAGCCAAGUACAAAGCCUAGCCCUUUCUCUGGACCAACCUCAAACAAGGAGAGGAACGAGACAGUUUCCCCCCAAAACGAUUUCAUUCUCCCCGUACAACUUGCAGCCCGUAACUCCUCUAUCUCUGGAUGAUCAUACCUCCUAAUAUGAUGUUCACAUGUGUGUCCUCAGAGGUGCGUCAGCCCUAAUGAUGAUUCAUAUCUCUGUGACUGGGGUCCUUCAGGUUGGGCAUUUCAAAGCCAAAGUAUGUACAUAUCUUUGUAUAUAACCAUUUAGAGCGAUUUUCUGUCAUUUUUUUAAAUGUUGUUCCAUCUCUAAAAAUCUCAUCACAGACAGACACAACGACUGAAACUGACAUACAAGUCCAAAAAAAAUACCGAAAUAAGACCCUGUCCAGCGUACAUGCUCACGAUCGUUGAAUUAGAUAGUUGGACACAGUGUUGCAGGGAUAAAAUUAUAUUUAAGUGGAUUGUGGCUGUUCGAGUUGCGCUCAAGUUGUGCCUGCUGACAUGCCAACAGCUCAUCCCAUGGUCAGAGUAAACAGUCAUCACAGCUACAGUACAGCCUCCAUCAUCUGUUCACUACAGUACAGCCUCCGUCAUCUGAUCACUACAGUACAGCCUCUGUCAUCUGUUCACUGAAGCCAAGGUUCGCUAAAGGCUUCGACGUAGCUUAAGAACUUAUGCUAUAAACCUAGACAAGAAAAAAUAGAAAGUAUCUUAUGCAACGGAAAUUUCACUGUUGUACUACACUGCCAUAUCACAGAUAUUCCUGGUCUUUUUCAACCUGGAACCUCCACACUGAUCUCAUCAGCUGUAGUGCGAGGAAGGCGUAUUUCACAGUGCCAGUAUUAUUAAUGUAAUGGUGUCGGACUGAUUACAUGUUGAAUGAAUGAAUGCUUUCUAUUGAUGUAUCAUUACUACAACUGUUCAGGUAGGGCGUCUGGGUAGCGUGGCGGUCUAUUCCAUUGCCUACCAACACAGAGAUCGCUGGAUCGAAUCCCCGUGUUACCUCCGGCUUGGUCGGGCGUCCUACAGACACAAUUGGCUGUGUCUGCGGGUGGGAAGCCGGAUGUGGGUGUGUAUCCUGGUUGCUGCACUGGCACCUCCUCUGGUCGGUCGGGGCACCUGUUGGGGGGGACUAGGGGGAAUAGCGUGAUCCUCCCACACGCUACGUCCCCCUGGUGAAACUCCUCACUGUCAGGUGAAAAGAAGUGGCUGCCGACUCCACAUGUAUCGGAAGAGGCAUGUGGUAGUCUGCAGCCUUGCCCGGAUCGGCAGAGGGGGUGGAGCAGCAACUGGGACGGCUCGGAAGAGUGGGGUAAUUGGCCUGGGGGGAGAACUGUUCAGGUAGUGAUGGGAUGUGACCUCUGUGAGAAUUAACAUUAAUAGUCUGUUGAUGGAAAUAAAUACUGAAGUUGAUCUUGUGGUACAUUUGAAAUACUUUUCCAAAAAGAGUUUUAAAUGUACCAGUGGGGUUUCUAUGAUGUAAUUGCCAUUAUAAUGUACAUCUUAAAGGUUUUGCAGGGAUUUGAGCAAUAAUAAAACCUCCAUGUAGCUUUUUUGAUAAUUUUUUGAGGGGUAUGUUUUAGGGUUCAACAUGCUGAUGUUUAGGGUCAACAUCAAGGAACCUGGAAGACCUGAGUCAGAACAGAAGAGGCAGGGUUUGUCUUCCAAGCAUGACAUUGUUUUGAACGUUUCAAGUUUUGAGAGGUUGUUAUACUUUUACCCUUCCACUUGGAAUAGGGGAAAGCUAUACUUGUAAGUAUUAUUACUUCUUUUUGUUAGAAAUUUAUAUCUCAAGUCUUCACGAGCUCAUCUGAGCUUUCUUUUCUAAUCCUGUGGUUCUUGUAGCUUGGAUUGUUAAGGCUUGUGAAAUCCUUUUUACAAAGUCUGACAAAUAGGGGUGCUGUUGUUAGAUGUUAGGUGUUUUUUUUCUGAUUUUAUAUGAGUUCUCUUUUGUAUUGGUGUGUGCAGUGCAAGUGUGUACCUGAAGGAAAUUAAAAAAGUAAAGUCAGAAAAGUUCAGUUAUGAUGUUCUCAGAGCUUCUUUGGUUGCAGUAGUAGUCUUCUGUAGGGCCAGUCAGAUGUGAGCCAGACGUCAGGAUGAGGAGAUAAGGUACCUGACCCGCUGGCUCCCCCAUUCCUCCAUGUGACAUUUCACCCACUCCAGUCAACCCAUCAAUAUUAAUGUAUUCCAAUCUAGUAGCCACACAAUACUUGGUGUCCUUGGUUCAAAAUGCUCACACCCUUUCAAAGACAAGAAGAUUUCUUGGUCUUCUACAUUCAAAAUUAACCUUAAAAACAGCACCCUCCUGCCUGUUUUCUGGAAAUAGCUCCAUGUUAAUUCUUCUUGCAGGAACUUAAUUGUAGAAUUGUGAUCUUUCUAAGGACUUUUUUCUCCAUUUUGUUUGCAUUCGACAUGUAGCGCAAGUAGCCUCGAAUACAAAUUCCUUUCCUGAAGGAGAACGACAUGUCACUAUGAAACAUUGGAAUAACUUCCUCACAUUGGGAGUCUCCCCCCAAACUCUUGGCAGUAUCAGUGCCUUGCUUUAGGUGGAUGCUGUCACAACACCGGGGGCUCUGCCCAUUGAGCUACAACCAAAUGACAGCAUAUGUCUUUGUUGUUACUGCGGUGUGACGACAAACUGAUCCCAAACGUAACAUGACACGGCCAUCACAGGGAAAGAACCACCAAGUGCUGAUAAUACAGGACAUUUUCUGUUCCUCUGUCUUUGCACAACCAUAGUUCCCAUACACACAUAGUCUUCCAAAGCAAGGAAAACUUGAAAAGACGGACAUUUUUGUAGUGUUCCUGUAAAGAAUACUUUUUUACACUUAGUAUUGUAGAUAAAACUUUAAACAUAUCUAGUAGGCAAAUUUUCAUGCACCAUUAAUACUCACUCAGAGUUUGACCAAGUCAACGAAUCUAUUUUUCUCAGAUAGCAUAAAAUAAGAAAAACAUAACCAGAAGACCAUUCUCAACAGGCUGCUGAGAUCUCAACAUGUUUCUGUAUGUGUGUUAAUUGUUUGCCAUAGUGUGUAAUGAAUGUACUUUGAGUUUAAACUGUCCCAAUCAUAAUAUGUAUUUGUUCACAAUGCACAUUUCAGUCUCUGGCAGUCCCUCACAGCAGAAUGUGCACCCAUGUUCAUGUAAAGGAAGAAUCAUCCUGUCAUUUUCUGUGGAGCUCAGAGAAACAUGUUUUCAUCAUUUCAUUGAAGCUGAUUUUUAUUUUUUUUUUUUUUGGGGGGGGGGGUCAACUCAGAUUGGAUUAUAGUCAACGUAUGGUUGUUUUUGUUAUUAAAAAAAGUCAAAAUGUAAAAAAAAAAUGCACAACUUCCCGCAAAUGAUAAAAGGUUGUGAUUGCUGUAUUUUGUUUCAUUAUGAAUUUUCUUAGAAUUAAAA